CACAAGAACCUCCUCAAAGCCCAGCUUGCAGUGGGUCGCACAGCAGUCUAUGUUGGGCAAACACAAUGGAGUCUGAAAUAACAAAACUACUGUGCGCAAAUUAUGGAUCAAUGAAUGUCGAUGAAUUAACGGUCAACCUUUCUAUUGGCGACUUAAAUGAGCUGUGGAAUUUGAUUGUCAAUCGAGAAAGAUUUUCUAUCGCAGUUGUUGACGGAGAGCGAACGCUUAUAGCAAAAACCACAGUUCGACUGUGUAUGUCCAAAGAUUGUCACGGUUGUAUCAAAUUACACCUAUGUAAACGAUUUUUAUUAGGAGUUUGUCACAGAGCUGUGUGUCGCUUUGGACAUGACCUCUUCAACGUUCAAAAUGCCAUGGUCCUGAGAGAAAAUGGUUUAAAGGACCUGGACAGAGAUGAACUUUGCAGCUUGUUACUCUUAAAUGACAACUCACUCUUACCCCCAGUGUGUCACUCCUACAACAACGGUGUGGGAGAGUAUGGGAAGUGCCCCGAUGGCGAGAACUGCAGGAGGAUGCACAUCUGUGAGAACUAUCUCCGUGGCGCAUGCAGCUGUCCGCGGGCGCACGAUUUCUUCGAGCCCCACCCUCUGAAGACCCUGCAGGACAGAGGAGUCCCCAACCACAUCAUCGGACGCAUCAAGUCCAUCUACACCAGCAUCGAGGCUCUGAGACACCAGGAUCGGGCAGAACACGGCAAUCGCCAUCGACCAUCAGCCGGGGCCGCACCAGCAGACAACAGGGGACCGAACAGAGGACCGAACAGAGGACCGAACAGAGGACCGCAAAGGGGUAAAGACAAAACUGAGAUAUGUAUGUACUAUGUCAAGGGCAGCUGCAAACAUGGUGAGAGGUGCUUUAAGGUCCACUCCACCCUGCCCUACCAGUGGGAGGUGAAGGAGAGGAGGCAGUGGACAGCCCUACCCAACAACGAGGAGAUUGAGAAGGACUACUGUGACCCAUCAAAGACAUACGGUCAGGGACUGGAGCCGGUGUGUUUUGAUGACAUGACCUGUGGCCUGAACACAGCCAGACGUCUGUCAACCAUCUCGUCCGUCCUCCAGCCCAGCUUCAUCCUCACUACUGAGUGGCUGUGGUACUGGCAGGAUGAGUCUGGGAACUGGAUCCAGUAUGCUACAGCAAGUGCAGCCCUCAGGACGGCCAGCAUCACCAGUGAGGAUCUGGAACAGAGGUUCCAAAGUGACGACAAGUCAGACAUGGACUUCACCGCAGGGUCUCAGAGCUACACUCUCAGUUUCAAAGACAUGAUGCAGACAAACAAGAGAUUUGGCACCAGAAGACCUGUGAGAAGACGGCCCAAAUUUGUGUCUUUGUCUGAUGCACAAACAAUCAAAACCAGCAAAAGAAUGCCCAACAAUCAAUCCAAUUUCAAAGCCUUACCAGGGCACUGGGACAAGGCUCAAACUCCUGACACAGGAUUCAAGAAAGUUCUCCUCCAGACAUCAUCAUCGGAGUACAAGGAGAUCGAGCAGCUUUUCACCAGUACUGUCAGAGACCUACGCAUUCGCAAGAUCGAGAGGAUUCAGAACCAAGCGCUUUGGGAGGUCUUUCAGUGGCAAAGGGAUCUGAUGAAGAAGAGCAAUGGAGGAAAGAAUCCAACAGAGAAGAAGCUCUUCCACGGCACGGACUCCAAGUACAUCGAUGCUAUCUGUCACAGCAACUUUGAUUGGAGGAUAUGUGGAACGCAUGGGACUGCGUAUGGAAAAGGGAGCUACUUUGCCAGGGAUGCCAAAUACUCUCACAGCUACACAGGCCAGUCACCUGUCAAGUCCAUGUUCGUGUCUCGUGUGUUGGUGGGAGACUACACCAGAGGAGACUCCAGCUACCUCCGCCCUCCCUCCAAAGAUGGAGGAGACACCGUCUUCUACGACAGCUGUGUAGACAACGUGACAAACCCCUCCAUCUUCGUGGUGUUUGAGAAACACCAGGUCUACCCAGAAUACCUCAUCACGUAUGGCGAUCAACCCCAUGUCCAGGACUUGCCACACCAGGCAUACAACCGUCCAGUCCCAGCAUCAGUCUCUGUCCCUGCCCCAUUCUCAGCUCCAAUCCUUACACGAGCCCCAGUUAUAUUCCCAGCCACAGCCUCAGCCCCAUUCUCAGCUCCAGUACCAGCCCAACGUUCAACCCCAGCCCGAGCUCCAGCCCUUGCACGACCCCCAGUUCUAGUCCCAGCCCUUGCACGACCCCCAGUUCUAUUCCCAGCCCCAGCUCCAGCCCUUGCACGACCCCCAGUUCUAGUCCCAGCCCCAGCCCUUGCACGACCCCCAGUUCUAUUCCCAGCCCCAGCUCCAACCCUUGCACGAUCCCCAGUUCUAGUCCCAGCCCCAGCUCCAGCCCUUGCACGACCCCCAGUUCUAUUCCCAGCUCCAACCCUUGCACGAUCCCCAGUUCUAGUCCCAGCCCCAGCUCCAGCCCUUGCACGACCCCCAGUUCUAUUCCCAGCUCCAACCCUUGCACGAUCCCCAGUUCUAGUCCCAGCCCCAGCCCCAAUUCUAGUCCCAGCCCCAGCAUCACGUACCACAGUGUCUCCCUCCCACAAUAGUCAGAUAGAGGAAGAUGCCCAGCUGGCCAAACUUCUCCACUUGACAUACAACUUUCUACCAACAGACUCAGCCUCAGCCUCAGGUACCACAGUGUCCCCCCCCAACAAUAGUCAGAUAGAGCAAGAUGCCCAGCUGGCCAGAAGUCUCCACCUGAGAUACAACGUUCUGCCCCCGACUUCAGCCAUGGCCUCAGACCCAAAGCCCUCUCCGGCUCUGGCCUCAGACCCAGAACCAGACCCAAAACCUUCCACAUCAUAUUCCAAACAACAAACAACAAAGAAAGACAAAUGUGUAAUCAGCUAAAAUCUCAAAUGAGUGACUAGCAAACUAUUAAACAUUAACUUGCCACAAAUCAGAAAUAUUAAAAUCACGAUUUUCUGGGUGAGCAGAAAAGUAUGCUUUUUCUGUUUUGUUGAAACUUGUCCAAACAAUUGUAUUCAGCUUAACUUCAUGUGUUGUAUCAUGCUAUUCUUUCAUAGUUACAUAUUUCAGUGGCAUUUUAACCCUUUUAGAAUGUGGUUGUUAUUGCACACACCAGGAUAAUCAUAUUGAUGAAAUGUAACCUCAGCAUCACUGUAAAACUGAUUAUGAUAAGUUAAUUAUGUAUUGAUUGAACACAUACGUUAAUGUACCUUACACUAAAGCAGGAAUGUAUUCAUCCAUUUUCUCCCUUGUAUAUUUUAAUAUUUUCAGUUUUCACACGG